GAUUGACAAACCUAUAUAAGCGGGAUUUCACUGCAAGCGGAUCAUUCGUUUGUGAAUAUUCAACUUGAACGUAGUGAUAAUUCGUGCUGUUCUACAAAGAUUAUAAUUAUGCAGAUUUUCGUGAAAACCUUGACUGGUAAAACCAUCACGUUAGAGGUCGAGCCAUCUGACACUAUUGAAAAUGUGAAGGCGAAAAUCCAGGACAAAGAGGGGAUCCCACCAGACCAACAACGGUUGAUCUUUGCCGGAAAACAAUUAGAAGAUGGACGUACCCUUUCCGAUUACAAUAUCCAAAAGGAAUCAACUCUCCACUUGGUAUUGAGAUUGAGGGGUGGAAUGCAGAUCUUCGUCAAAACUUUGACUGGAAAGACUAUUACAUUGGAAGUUGAGCCAUCCGACACCAUAGAAAAUGUUAAAGCUAAGAUUCAAGAUAAGGAAGGAAUCCCACCAGAUCAACAACGUUUGAUCUUUGCUGGAAAACAAUUGGAAGAUGGACGUACUCUUUCUGAUUACAAUAUCCAAAAGGAAUCAACUCUUCAUUUGGUAUUGAGAUUGAGAGGUGGAAUGCAGAUCUUUGUCAAAACAUUGACUGGAAAAACUAUUACUUUGGAAGUUGAGCCAUCUGAUACCAUUGAAAAUGUUAAAGCUAAAAUCCAGGAUAAAGAAGGAAUUCCUCCAGAUCAACAACGAUUAAUCUUUGCUGGUAAACAAUUAGAAGACGGACGCACUCUUUCUGAUUACAACAUCCAAAAAGAAUCAACCCUCCAUUUGGUGUUGAGAUUGAGAGGAGGAAUGCAAAUUUUUGUUAAGACCUUAACUGGUAAAACCAUCACAUUGGAAGUCGAACCAUCCGACACCAUUGAAAAUGUUAAAGCUAAGAUCCAAGAUAAGGAAGGAAUCCCACCAGAUCAACAACGAUUAAUCUUUGCUGGUAAACAAUUAGAAGAUGGGCGCACUCUUUCUGAUUACAACAUCCAGAAAGAAUCCACCCUUCAUUUAGUAUUGAGAUUGAGAGGAGGAAUGCAAAUUUUUGUUAAGACCUUAACUGGUAAAACCAUCACAUUGGAAGUCGAACCUUCUGAUACUAUUGAAAACGUUAAAGCUAAAAUCCAGGAUAAAGAAGGGAUCCCACCAGACCAACAACGUUUAAUCUUCGCCGGUAAACAACUUGAAGAUGGACGUACUCUUUCGGAUUAUAACAUCCAAAAAGAAUCCACCCUCCAUUUAGUGUUGAGAUUGCGAGGUGGUAUGCAAAUUUUUGUUAAGACCUUAACCGGUAAAACCAUCACCUUGGAAGUUGAACCUUCUGAUACAAUUGAAAAUGUUAAAGCUAAGAUCCAGGAUAAAGAAGGAAUUCCUCCAGAUCAACAACGUUUAAUCUUUGCUGGUAAACAACUUGAAGAUGGGCGUACUCUUUCUGACUACAACAUCCAAAAAGAAUCAACUCUCCAUUUAGUAUUGAGAUUGAGAGGUGGAAUGCAGAUUUUUGUCAAAACUUUGACUGGAAAAACUAUUACUUUAGAAGUUGAGCCAUCUGAUACCAUUGAAAAUGUUAAAGCUAAAAUCCAGGAUAAGGAAGGAAUUCCUCCAGAUCAACAACGUUUAAUCUUCGCCGGUAAACAACUUGAAGAUGGGCGCACUCUUUCUGAUUACAAUAUCCAAAAGGAAUCUACUCUCCACUUGGUAUUGAGAUUGAGAGGUGGAAUGCAGAUCUUUGUCAAAACUUUGACUGGAAAAACUAUUACAUUGGAAGUUGAGCCAUCUGAUACCAUUGAGAAUGUUAAAGCUAAAAUCCAAGACAAGGAAGGAAUCCCACCAGAUCAACAACGUUUGAUCUUCGCCGGUAAACAACUUGAAGAUGGUCGUACUCUUUCUGAUUACAACAUCCAAAAAGAAUCAACCCUCCAUUUAGUAUUGAGGUUAAGAGGUGGAAUGCAAAUCUUCGUAAAAACAUUAACUGGAAAAACCAUCACCCUAGAAGUGGAACCUUCUGAUACCAUUGAAAAUGUUAAAGCUAAAAUCCAAGACAAGGAAGGAAUCCCACCAGAUCAACAACGUUUAAUCUUCGCCGGUAAACAAUUAGAAGAUGGUCGUACUCUUUCUGAUUACAACAUUCAAAAAGAAUCAACCCUCCAUUUAGUAUUGAGGUUAAGAGGUGGAAUGCAAAUCUUCGUAAAAACAUUAACUGGAAAAACCAUCACCUUAGAAGUGGAACCUUCUGAUACUAUUGAAAAUGUUAAAGCUAAAAUCCAAGACAAGGAAGGAAUCCCACCAGAUCAACAGCGUUUGAUUUUCGCUGGUAAACAAUUGGAAGAUGGACGUACCCUUUCAGAUUACAAUAUCCAAAAGGAAUCCACUCUGCAUUUAGUUCUUCGCCUACGUGGUGGAAAUUAACUUUUUUCCAUUUUCGACUCAUAAUAAUAAUAAUAAAUUUUUAUUUAAUUUCAAUAAAAGGCUGUUCUUUUUUUAUAAUUAAGGCUUUGUAAGGUUUCAUAUUUGAAAAUGAAAUGAAAGUAAAUAAAGAUACACAAUUCAUGAUUUAAAA